AUGCGAGCCCAAAAGUACAAUUUAUUAAUACUCCAUAUUGGAUUCGACUUAUUGCGUGCUGAUCGCGGCAUUUCGCCCUCAAGGUCGUUUGUUUCUCAACGAUCAUCUGAAAGUUACGAGUGUUCGGUCGCAUUACUUAAAGAUCAGCCACCGAAAUGGUCCCAAACAGCUUUUGGUUUGAUGCAUAAGGUACUUGUAACUAAUUAA